AUGGCAUCUGCAACUGAACAAAUAUCAACGGAGAAUGCUCCAGAGCACUGUCCUGGUCCAGAGAGUCAGGCAGCUGGACAAGCCGACGCUUGUGCUGGGUGUCCUAACCAGAAUAUCUGCGCUACUGCUCCAAAGGGUCCUGACCCAGACAUUGCUUUCAUUACGCAGCGCAUGGCAUCCGUAAAACACAAGAUCUUGGUUCUGUCAGGAAAAGGAGGUGUUGGAAAGUCAAGCUUUACUUCUCAACUAGCCUUUGCCUUGUCGCACGAUGAGGAGGUCCAGGUCGGUGUGAUGGAUAUCGAUAUAUGCGGUCCUUCGAUCCCUACAAUCAUGGGCCUCGAAAAUGAACAGAUCCACCAGAGCAACAGUGGCUGGCAACCUGUAUUCGUCCAAGAGAAUCUGGCUGUCAUGAGCAUCGGAUUCAUGCUUCCGGACAAAGAUGAUGCUGUAAUCUGGCGUGGGCCAAAGAAGAAUGGUCUGAUCAAGCAGUUCUUGAGAGAUGUGGACUGGGGAGAGCUUGACUACUUGCUGGUCGACACUCCUCCAGGUACCUCGGAUGAACAUCUUUCUGUGACCACAUUCCUUAAGGAAAGCGGCAUUGACGGUGCAGUAAUCAUCACUACUCCACAAGAGGUUGCUCUUCAGGACGUUCGCAAGGAAAUCGAUUUUUGCCGCAAGGCCAAGAUUCCAAUCCUGGGCAUGGUAGAAAACAUGGCCGGUUUUGUCUGUCCUUCAUGUCAUGGCGAAUCCAUCAUCUUCCCUCCCAGCACCGGUGGAGCAGCGGCUCUUGCCAAAGAACUCAACAUUGACCUCUUGGGAUCUAUUCCACUCGAUCCUCGGGUAGCCAAGAGCUGUGAUAUGGGUGUUUCAUUUAUGGACGAGCAUCCUGACUCCCCUGCAUGUACUGCCUAUGAAGCAAUUAUUGAGAGUCAUCGCCUUGGUUCUGCUUUGGCUCCUAAUACCAUUGAAAUCUAUCUUGACUACGUCUGUCCAUUUUCGGCCAAAAUUUACAAGAAGCUUAGAGAGCAAUUCUGGCAAUUGACAGAAGAAAAAUACCCUGACAAGUUCCAAGUUAUCUUCCGUCAGCAAGUUCAGCCUUGGCAUGCAUCUUCUACACUUGUGCACGAAGCUGCUCUCGCAGUAGAGAGAAUCAAUUCUCAAAAAUUCUUUCCAUUUUCCGAUGCCCUGUUUGCUCACCAGGCUGAAUACUUUGAUGAGGCUGUCGAAGAAAAGACUCGUCGUCAGUUGAUUGAUCAAUUGAGCACCCUGGCUUCAAGUGUCGGCGUUUCUGGCGAGGAAGUCAAAGGACUUUUAUCAAAUGGAACAGGCGAGCCAAAGAAUGCAGGCAAUAAGCUGUCCAAUGAUCUCAAGCUGGCCAUCCGCCUAGGUCGCCAAAAUGGUAUCCACGUCAGCCCAACUGUUUUGUUUAAUGGAAUCCGCGAUGACAGUGUAUCUUCAAGCUGGGAAAUUAAGCAGUGGGAUGAUUAUUUGAAAUCAAAGCUUUAAAAUUAAAAAAGUGAACAUAAAUAAAAUCAAUCAAUUAACCAAAUAAAAAAAUAAAAAAAAAUAAACCAAGCUUCAAAGCUUUCUUAUU